UCAAGGGUGCGUUCUCUCCAUUCACUAUGUGUGUUUCACCUGGAAAAGUUAAUAGUGCACCUUAACGUUUAUUUAAGGUACAUCGUUUAACCCCUAAUGUACUUUUUAUUAUUAUUAUUUUUAUUUAUUUUUUUAUAUAUUUUUUUUUACACUAAAAGCUACAGCAUUAAAGAUGCAUCUUCCCAGGUAAAACAUAGGCUACUCACUGACGGUGAUGCCCGCCUAUAGCAGCCAAGGAAAUGUGCAAUUAUUUCUGAAAGUGUAGCUACAUAUUCAUAUUAAAUCAGAUAUUUGUUUUCCAGGCAAAUGGAUUAAAUAUGCGUAACGGGAGGUUUACGGGGACAGGGUUCACACUCGGGAUAAAAACCUCUGGCCAUGCCGGGUCAGGUCCUGCCUCUGAUGACAUCACUGGCGCUGGUGCGCGCGAGCAGGACGUCAGCGAGGCAGGGAGCGCGGGCCACACGGAGCACUGCUCUGUCACUCAGCCCAUAACUCACUCAGGCAGCUACAGAGGAGCUAUGGCCGAGGAGAGCCGCGGAAAACGAAGGAAACAGGCGAACCCGCGACGCAACCGAGAGUGCUCUCUGGGCUCUGAGGGAGAGGAUGAGGGUUGUGCAUGGGGGACGGAUGUGCAGGAUGAAAGAAUUGAACAAGAUAAGAUGAGUCUGACAGCCAGCGAGGGCACAGAGGCUGGAAGUCCUGCUCGCUCCACCCGCGCCCACAGUCUGAGCCCCUCGCUGGAACACUGGGACGAGACUGAGAACACGACCGUCCCGAGUACCACGGGAGAGCAAGAGAACCGUGCAUACACACAGAACGAUGCCCGUGUAAUGGAGGACUGGACUCGGUAUGACUUCCUCAUGGAGCUGAGAAAAGUGUCCCAGCUUCCUGACUCACGACACAGCCAGCAACACAACGGCUCCAUCGCUUCCUACCACACACCUGGUGUGCAGGAUGAUACACCAUCCACCUUGUCACCAGGCGUUCUGGAGUCACCUGAGGGAAAAGACGCAGACCCUGGGAGCCCUAAUCCUACAGGGACAGAAAUGCAGGUGUGUCCAUUUUGCCAGCGGUCAUAUCAGCAGGGCACCUAUCUCAGAGAACACAUGAAGUUGUGCCAGAGGGAGGGAGGGCACAGUGUGUGUCCACUGUGUGGCUACAGCACUCCGUACAGGGCACAGAUGGAGCGGCACAUGGCACUACACACCCAGGUUAAAGAGAAGAAUUCUGUCUCUGACACCAACACGGAAAACCGGAAGUUUAAGUGUACACAGUGUGGAAAAGCCUUUAAAUACAAGCAUCAUCUUAAGGAGCAUCUACGCAUUCAUAGUGGUGAGAAGCCCUACGAGUGCUCCAACUGUAAGAAACGUUUCAGUCACUCAGGCUCCUACAGCUCACACCUGAGCAGCAAAAAGUGUCUCAGUGGGGGCGGAUCAGGGAACGGCACAUAUUUCAAUGGCCACUCUCACCCUGCCUACCUCUUCCCCUCCCCGACGUCACCCCCUGUAGUUGGAAGCAGGAAUGGUAACAGAGGGAAGAGCUCUCCAUGUGUUCCACUGAGUCAUGGCUUCACAGAACAACUAGCCAAUCAGGGACAGGAAUCUAGUUCUUCUGCACUCCGAACUCCGGAUCUAAGCAGACCGUGGGAUUCUGUUGCAGCCAUGAGGAUGGGGGUGUUUAAAGGGACUACACUUUUGCCCUUGCUACACUCUGGUGGCAAGUUUGAACAGCUCCUGCAGGAAAUGCUCCGAAAGGAAGUGGAGAAGGAUGAGCAGUUAGGAAGCAGGCAGGACAAGGGCGAAGAAGACAAGACAGAAAGAAGAGAGGGGAAAAGUGAUGUGCCUGUCGGUGCAGUAUCAUGUCAGCGGUGCUUCCAGCUGUUUCCAAAUGAAGUUGUUCUAAAGCAGCAUGAGAGAUAUCUAUGCAAGGGAAAAGAUGAGCAGGAUGCUGUACAGAUGCACUGCAUCAAAGACGGGUCACCGCUUAACUUCUCCCGUGUCUCCCACAACCUUUACGACACACAGAAAACUCCGUCCACACCUAAUGGAAUGAGCAGAGAGCUCUCUUCUCCACAGCAGGCAUCCUGGCAUUCGCUUCCACAGCAGCUCCUUGUGCCAAUGCCAUCACCUUUGCACUUCCGCUCUGAUCCGGCACAUGCCUACUGGACAAACAGAAAGACAGACAGCCCUGGAAACUCCAGCAUCAUGAGCCCCACUUCGCCCUCGCUACAGGAACACCGACGUCCAGGCUUCAGCUCUCCAUCAAUCACAUCACCAUGCCAGCCUCUUCAACACAGACCUUCACCCAGAUCAGAGAGUUCUCAGAGCGAACCCUUAGACCUUUCCAUUCCCAAAGCAUGUAAAGGCUCGGAGCCUGGCUCGGACUGCAACGGCAGCUCACCACAGACAGACCACAGGGAUGUGGAGCAUAUGACCAGAAGGUUAAGCCCACUAUCCCAUCACGAAGUAGGCGGGGCCUAUAGACCUUUAUUUGGAAGUGCAGUUUUCAGCAGCUACCCCUUUUUUAAUCCCAUCAUGUCAAGUGGUCUCGCAGCAAUGGGGCAUAAUGGCCUGACAUCACUUCCUCUAACACCACCAGCACCCAGCCCUGGGUUCCUCUAUAUGAUGGAAGCAGAGUCUGAGACCAUGCUGAAAAGAAUGCAUCAGGAGAUAAACCUCAUGGGUGAUUCCAGAAAACGAGGAAAUCUGGACUACCUCACGCUGAUGGAGGAAAGCCUGGACGGAGACCAUAUUCCAGGGAGAAAGAGACUCAGGAAGACAGAGGACGGAUUAUACGCCUGCGACAUCUGUGACAAAAGCUUCCAGAAGAGCAGCUCUUUGCUGCGCCACAAAUAUGAACAUACAGGAAAGCGGCCACAUGAGUGCCAGAUCUGUAAGAAAGCGUUUAAACACAAGCACCACCUGAUUGAGCACAGCCGGCUUCACUCCGGAGAAAAGCCCUAUCAGUGUGAUAAAUGUGGCAAGCGUUUCUCGCACUCAGGCUCCUACUCACAGCACAUGAACCACCGCUAUGCAUUCUGUGGUCGAGACAAUGACCCAGAUGCCCAGGGAGAGGAGCCGGUUUUGGGGGACAUGGCUCUCUACACACGCCCACACAUCAAGCUUCAUCCUGAGACAAGAGACAAUCCGCUCACGCUGGAGGAAACAGCCACAUUCCUUAGUGAUUCCAGCCUGGACGGGGCUCCACUAGGAUUCCGAGCAGAAGAGGAGGACGAGGAGGAAGAAGAAAACUCGCUUAGCAAUCAUGCACACAAGAGAAGGGUGGAGAGAAGAAUGGAGAUCGAGGACAGAAGUAGACACCAGGAACAGUCAAGUGGCGAUAGUAAGAAGACAAAUGAAAAGGUGGCUGAAGGACAGGACACAAAAAACAAUCAUCACAGUAGCAAGAUCAAAGUGGAGCGUGAUGAAGAAGAAACAUGA